AUGGGAGGGGAGGAUAUCCAAAAAACUGCUUUUAGGACACACCAGGGGCAUUACAAAUUUCUGUGGGUAGUUAACCACAAGAAAAGCGAAUUUGGAAGGACUCAUAUCAGAUACUUGGGCCACAUUAUAUCGGAGAAAGGGGUAGAAAUGGAUGGGGAAAAAGUGGAAGCUAUCAUAGGGUGGGAGGAACCCAAAACUAUUAAAGUCUUAAGAGGUUUUUUGGGUUUAACUGGAUAUUACAGGAGAUUUGUAAGAAACUAUGUUAAAAUCGCUCGUCCCCUCACUGACUUGUUGAAGAAGGGAAACUUUGCAUGGACCAACUUGGCUAGAGAAGCAAUGGAGAAGUUAAAAGUAGCUAUCAUGACUGCCCUUGUGUUAGCAUUGCCCGACUUUAGCAUUGCCCGACUUCACCCAACCUUUUCAUGUUGA